UCUGAUCUGUUCGCCACUUUAACAGCAGUGGGAGAAGCGGAGCGUGAGACGGGCCGUUAAUGACUCCAUUUUCACGUUAUUUUUAAUCUACCAUGGCCAUCAAGGCACUCGACUGAUUACUGACAGCCUCCGGUUUUAUUAUUUUUUUAACAUUAGAAACUUCGGCGCGUGGAAAACUCGAGUUUGAAGAGCCUGCGCGUGUGAAAGAGUUGGGCGUGAGGCGUCGUCGGGGUGGCUCCCUCAUUUAUACCACUUGUGAUUUCACAUGAGAUUUCUUUCUUCUGCGCAUUUUUUAAAAACUUCUUCGACUUCUUAUAUCGCUUGAAAGCGUUCGAAACUCCAGAAAGAUGGGGUGCACCCUGAGCUCGGACGACAAGAGCGCCCAGGAGAGGAGUAAAAUGAUUGACAAAAACCUGCGGGAUGAUGGAGAGAAAGCGUCGCGAGAGGUCAAGCUGCUGCUGCUGGGGGCUGGUGAAUCUGGAAAGAGUACAAUUGUCAAACAGAUGAAAAUCAUCCAUGAAGCGGGCUACUCAGAGGAAGAGUGCAAACAGUACAGAGCCGUCGUCUACAGCAACACUAUCCAGUCCAUCAUCGCCAUCAUAAGGGCCAUGGGCCGCCUGAAGAUUGACUUUGCGGAUCCUGGGCGGGCUGAUGAUGCAAGGCAGCUGUUUGUGCUGGCCGGCUCUGCAGAUGAGGGAUAUAUGACGAGCGAGCUGUCAGGAAUCAUCCAGCGGCUGUGGAAGGAUGGUGGUGUUCAGGCUUGUUUCAUUCGCUCCAGAGAGUACCAGCUCAAUGACUCUGCCUCAUACUACCUGAAUGACCUAGACAGAAUAUCCAGUUCUUCCUAUGUCCCAACUCAGCAAGAUGUCCUGAGGACCAGGGUGAAGACAACCGGUAUUGUAGAGACCCACUUCACUUUCAAGGAUCUUCACUUCAAAAUGUUUGAUGUGGGCGGCCAGAGAUCCGAGAGGAAGAAGUGGAUCCACUGUUUUGAGGGAGUGACCGCUAUCAUCUUCUGCGUGUCUCUCAGUGACUAUGAUCUCGUCCUGGCUGAAGAUGAAGAAAUGAACCGAAUGCAUGAGAGUAUGAAGCUGUUUGACAGCAUCUGCAACAACAAGUGGUUCACGGAUACUUCCAUCAUCCUGUUUCUCAACAAGAAGGAUCUGUUUGACGACAAGAUAAAAAGAAGCCCGCUUACUAUUUGUUUCCCUGAGUAUACUGGUUCCAGCACAUAUGAGGACGCGGCCGCUUACAUUCAGUGUCAGUUUGAGGACCUGAAUAAGAGGAAGGACACCAAGGAGAUCUACUCUCACUUCACCUGCGCCACCGACACCAAGAACGUGCAGUUUGUCUUUGACGCAGUCACUGAUGUCAUCAUCAAAAACAACCUUAAGGACUGUGGGCUCUUCUAAAACAAGCCAUCUCCCUGUGUGACUGCGAGUGGCCUGAUGUGAAAUCUUUGGGAGAACUAGAGCAGGAGGAAGGUCAACCAUGAAAUGCGUUACUUACCUAUAUUUAUGUUCUCCAAACAUUUUUUUUUGUUUGUUUUUGUUUUUACUGCGUUUUAGGAAAAAAAGAGCAUUUUGUGUAAAAUAUUUGUACAACUGUAAUUGUUGCUGAAGUUUUCACCACUUUUAGAUGUUGAUUUACAGGUCCUUUUUUAAGGGUAUUUUUCAUUCAAAGGGAUUUUGGGAA